AUGCUUGCCAACGUCUCGCCCAAAGACGAAAGAAGAAGCUCCUUGCUGUACUCGGGCCCCACGCAGCCCAUACCGAAGAAAUCGCUCCAGAUUCGAACCGACAAGCCCCGUCCUCAUGUCUGCACCAUUUGUACUCGGGCGUUUGCUCGCUUGGAACACUUGAAACGUCACGAGCGUUCCCAUACCAACGAAAAGCCAUACCAGUGUGCCACUUGUGGCCGCUGCUUUGCCCGCAGAGAUUUGGUGCUCCGUCAUCAGCAGAAACUUCAUCUGCAAAUGCUGCCUGGUAUCCGUCGGGGCCUGGUGCCGCUGGCCGCUGUUUCCGAGACUUCUCCUCCUCCAGGUUCCGACAACAUCAUCAUUUUGCAACACAAUACCAAUGCCAAGGCGCCACUCCCCAACGGUCUGCGCAUGAACUCCUAUGGCGGCGGUAACCUGUCAGCACUGUCACCCUCACAUGUCAGCGCGUCUCCAGUUGACCCGCAAGUGGAGAAAAUCAAGCAAACUUACGGCUACCUGCUGUUGGGCGCUAUUCCACUGCCAAAGACAACUUCAAGUCACAACACCCCAUCUGGGACAUUUGGAAAGGUUCCUAUGCGCUCCAACUCUGCAGAACUGGAUCCUACUGGCCUGGCAACUGCCCAAGUUGGAUCUACUUUUACUCAGCAGCCUUCACCACUUAAUGGUGACUCUCCGGACUUAAAAGAGAAGAAAAAAUAUCCCUGGUCAUCUCUGGUACCUGAUGCUUUGCAUCACUCCAACUCUUACCGUCAUUCCUCGUUUCUGGCAGUGCUGGGAACGUCUUACGCAAACGUUGCUGAUGCGUUGUCCAUUCUGAGCCACCAAAUCAUGGAUGUGCCAACCCAGGUAGAAUUUUCUACGCCACAGCUUACAGCAACAGAACUUGAUGCUAAGGGAUUUCUGGGACUUCUGGGACUUCCGGAGUUGGACCUUGGCAACUACGACCUUGAUUGGUUCAACCAGGAACUUGACAAUAAAAGCGUGUCGACCAAGACAUCAAAUCAAGGAAAUAAUAGCAGUGGAAAGCUCUCUUCUACUCCAAACGUCUUCAGAAAGUUGGCUACCAUCCGUUCUGAGAAGGAUUUGGAACAGAGCUAUUUUGCUAAUGAUGUGGUGCUCAACCACCAGUACCACGAUCCUGCUCAUCCACACCACAUUAAGGGAACUUCUGCCUACAACUUCGAUGAUGUAAGCCAUAUUGAGAACAAGCAUGUUCCAUCGGGCACGGGUUUUAUUGAUUUUGUUAAUGAGCUCCAUUCAGCCACUAAUGGUGGAACUGUCGAUCCAUAUGAGCAAGCGCGUACAAUGAUGGAAAUGGGGAUGGAAAACUCUGCUAUUGAUCAAUUGGCUAUGAAACAAGCUCUUCAAUCCAACGCUAGUCCGGAAUUCAAUCAGGCAUCUCAGAAUCAAGGAAAUGCUGCUGCCAGAAAACAGAAGCGAACUUCUAGUACUAAGAGAAACAGCCUGUCUUCAUCAGCCUCCGCCAAUGACUCUAAGCGCUAUAAGACUGGCUUCGUGAACGAUACCGCCGACUUGGAUUGGCUCAAAGAGUCACAAGAAAUCCCAAUAAUGAACGAGUUGUGUGCGUCCCACGAUACUGGAUUCAUUGGUAUACCCUAUCUUGCCGAUCAGUUUGAGCAAGAUGAAGUACUGGACAUGUUCAAGUUCAGACAAGAAGAUUUGGUCAAACAGAGAAGCCACGUUGAUACUCGUCUGUCCCCUGAAGGAUCUGAAAGGCUGUCCAUUUCAUUCAAUCGCAAACCUUCAAAGGCCCAAUUCACUAUCGGUGACCGUUCAGAUUUUACCACAGACUAUCUAACAGAUGGUCUCCGCGAUGAAAUGUAUAAGCAAUGCAACAUGAAGAGCAAAGACUUCCCUUCAUUGGAAGAUUUGAACAAUUAUAUGAUGCUUUACGAGAAGGAGUUCAACAAAUAUUUUCCUUUCAUUCACUUGCCUUCAUUCCGCAUUCCAGAUAUUGAUAACCUGGAGAAUAUUCCACUUUUUUUGGCCAUGUGUUCUCUUGGUGCGCUUUAUUCGUACCAUGAUAACAAUCUGAUAUUGCUUUUCACUUUGUCAAAGCGCCGAGUUUACAACUUCCUCGAGAGAGUGAUCACCCCUAAAAAGCUCUCAGAGAAGAAAGUUCCUAUCAUGGCUCACCAAAGUCUUGUUCUCUUAAUUUUCAUCUCAAUGUUUCUCAAUGAACCCAAUAUGGCUGAGAAGACUUCCCGUCUUAUCAAAACCAUGGUUGGAUUGAUAAACACGACCAACUUUCAAAAUCCUUUGGAAAUGUAUUCGGCUAGUCCAGAUCCAAUUACUAAUCCGAAAAAUGAGGCUUUGAUCAUUGGAAACUUUGAUUACUUUAUCAUGGUACAAAGCAGAAUCCGUACAAUCAACACAUUUUAUCUGUUGGAGGUGGUUCGCAAUACGUUGACUGGAUUGUCCGUACCAAUGAAAGGAUUCGAUAUUUUUACCGGUACUCAGUGUGGUAAUGAUAAGUUGUGGUUUGCUGCCGAUCAUAAAGAGUGGUUUGAGGAAUAUCAAAAAUGUGGAAUGCCCAAACUUGUGGAGUUCGCUAACAAUGAAACAUUGGUCGAUUUGAUGACCAAUAUUUAUGAUCAGCCAUUCCCGCAAUCAUCUAUGUCCAUACAGAAGUCUUUGACCAUGUUAAUGGCAAUUCAUGAGAAAAUUCUGGACGUUACUCUGAGAAGGUGCUUGGAUACCACUGCAGACUUAUUGAAGUGGAGGACUAAUACUCGCCCAGAGUUGGAGAAUUUAGUCAGUGCGUGGGAGAGAUUCUUUCACAGAAGUGGCGGCUUUGACGUUGUGAGUGACCAGAAUAGCCAUGUCUUAAGAAGCAAGGGUGAACUCCAGAUGAUCUUGCCAUUGCUUGCACUAGCUAAGAUGAGACUCAAUGUGGACGUUGCACCUUUCAUGGAGCCUGUCAUAAGCAAAGACUGGACAAGAAUGGAACAGCAACUUUACAAGUUGGAGGAAGAUGUUGAGGAAUUGAAAGCUGCUACAGAGCACGCCCUCUACAUUUUGGACUUGUGGGCUCGAAACAUUUCAGUCCUUCAUAACCCCAAGAAGACGUCCGUGAGAACUCCAGUAUACUUUGUUUCUUGCAUCUGCGUUGCAGUGAUGGUGCUUGCAAAGACCUUGAAUGUGAUUGAAAACCUGACUUUAUUGAGCAUCAAUGAUAUGACGUUGUGGCUCAAUGCUGAAAAGGUUUUAAGAGGUAUUGAAACGGCUCUCACACGUAGCGAGGGUUCGUAUGCCGAUUUCUUGCACAAGCAAUCACACGGAGUUUUCGACUACGUCUGGACAGAAGAAUUUACGAGAAAUGUUGAGAGAGUGAUUCAGGCCUUAAACAAUGGAGAUAAGGAUGGCGCCUUUCAAGUCAGGAAAUGCAAACUCCUGGUUCAGGCGUUGAGCUUGGGAGUACGCAUCCUUGCGGAUGCUCCGCUCUGGCCAAUAGCUAUGGGGUUCGCCGAAGGCUUGAAAAACAUGGCCUUGCAAAUAUUUGGGAAGGACACCAAGUGA